GUACCAGGCUUGAUAAUUUGCGGAAACACGUUAAAUAGGCUUGAAUGUUUUAAAAGUCCAUACAAUUACGCAGAUGACGACCAUGCCAUUGGUUCAAGCUGUAAUGAAUAUUUAUCGAACGAAGCGAUUAACGCAACGUUUUUCGUUAAUAUGCGCGGAUUUGACCUUGAUAACCAGAUUUGUUAUAUUUUAAACCCCUCACAGCCGUUUAAUAAAUCUUUUGGUGCGAAUCAUCUCGAAUUUGAUAAUUCUACCCAAAAAAUUGCCAUUGCAUUAUGGUCAGAUGAAAAAACAAAUAAUACUAAAUUAAAUAUUACGCAAGAUCGUUGGUUCACGUACGGGACAUUUACUGAACUUGAGGAUCCUAAAUAUGCUAAAUUCCAAAUUGUUAAAAUGCCAUCUUUAUCAUACUUGUAUGUUAUGAGAAUAGAAAAGUAUAAUGUUGUCAAAACAGAUGCUAUAACCGGAGGUGGUACAACUGAAAAACCUGGAGCGACGGUCAAGUAUGAUGAAAAGUUUACAAGUUUUGAUAUUGCUGGAUUUGCCAUCAGCGAUCAUCUCUGGGAACUUUUCAGAAUUAUCCCAGCAAAUUAUUCUAACAAUACGCGAAUAAAUUCACAAGAGUACCCAGUACAUCUUUGGUAUUUUCGAGUAGAAUUUACAUUUCUUCAACUCGCCGCCAAUAUGGGAAGUUGCCUAAGCGUUCUUAGUGCUCUUUAUCUCGCUCUCUUCGGAUCACGAAAAGUUAAUCCUUGGGGUAUUGUUCAACGUUAUAUACUCAAAACUGUUCCAUCUAUUCCAGAAUCUUACUCCCCAAUUGCCGUGCCAUAUUCAAUAUAUUCGGAUGCUAAAACUAAUAAUAAUGAUAUAGAACUUAAUCAAAUUUAUUCAAGUGGAAGUUUAAUUGGAACUUGCUCAAAAUCUUCUCUUUCAAGUAUUGAACAAAUUGAAAACAUAGAUGAAUUAGGAAUUAAAAUGAUAAAAAACGAGUUGCAUGCGGAACUGCAAAAAAUUAUUAAAAAUGAGCUAGAAAAAUUUAGAAAAAUUUUGAGUAAAUAUUAUCUUAAAGAAGUUGUGUAA